AUGGCAUCCUCAAACCACAUCCAAGAGCCAGUCGCCAUCAUUGGCUUGGCGUGCCGGCUUCCUGGCGGCAACAAUAGCCCGCACAAGCUGUGGGACUUCUUGGAGCGAGGCGGAAUCGCGUCAAACAAGGUCCCAGAAUCACGCUUCAACAUCGAGGGUCACUGGGACGGGUCCCUCAAGCCCCGUACCAUGCGGCCCUCGGGUGGCAUGUUUUUGGAAGACGUCGACCCCGCCGACUUUGACGCCUCCUUCUUCGAGAUCUCGCGGACCGAGGCCAUCUCGAUGGACCCGAACCAGCGUCAGAUGCUCGAGGUCGUCUUCGAGGGGCUCGAGAACGCCGGCAUUCCCUUGGAGAGCCUCAACGGGGCGCCGGUCGGGUGCUUUGUGGGAUCCUAUGCGUCCGACUACGGUGACAUGCAAGGCCGCGACCCCGAAGACCGGCCGGCAAGCAUCACCGUCGGCGUGGGACGCGCCAUCAUGGCCAACAGACUCAGCCACUUCCUCAACAUCAAGGGGCCUAGCAUGACCAUCGACACUGCGUGCUCCGGUAGCCUGGUGGCCCUCGACAUUGCCUGCAGAUAUCUCCAGUCCCGCGAGAUCGACGCCGCCAUCAUCGCCGCCAGCAACCUCUACCUCAACCCCGAGCACGUCAUGGACAUCGGCGCCGUCGGCCAUGCCCACUCGCCCACCGGGCUGUGCCACACCUUCGACAUCGAUGCUGACGGGUACGUCAAGGCUGAGGCGGUCAGUGCCGUCAUCGUCAAGAGGCUCUCCGACGCGAUUCGCGACCGGGAUCCCAUCCGGGCCGUCGUCCGUGGCUCCGCAACCAACAGCGACGGCCGCACGCCCGGCAUCGCCAGUCCCAGCGCCGACGCGCAGGCCGCCGCCAUCCGAGCCGCCUAUGCCAAGGCGGGUAUCACCAAUCUCAACGACACGGCUUAUCUCGAGUGCCACGGCACCGGGACACAGGCCGGCGAUCCCACAGAAGUGAGCGGCGCCUCGUCCGUCUUCGCAAAGACGAGGCCUGCGGAUAAACCUCUCAUCAUCGGCUCGAUCAAAAGCAACAUCGGUCACGCCGAGCCAGCGGCUGGCAUAUCCGGUCUCAUCAAAGCCACCAUGGCCAUUGAAAGGGGCAUCAUCCCUGGGACUCCAACCUUCCAGACCCCCAAUCCGAAGAUCGACUUUGCUGGCCUCAGGGUGAGGGCUUCGCGGGCAGCGCUCCCAUGGCCUGAAUGUACAGUCCGCCGAGCCAGUGUCAACUCGUUUGGCUACGGCGGCUCCAACGCCCACGCCGUGCUGGAGCAGCCGAGUCUGCCCGGCGGUCCGCACCACGUUUCUUCGUAUGUGUCCGACGACGACGACCUUGCCAUGGACGAUAGAGAGGACUCGGAGCGUCCAUACACGCUCGUGCUGUCGGCCAACGACAACGCCUCCCUGCGCGCCAACAUCAAGGCCCUGUGCAACCACCUGUUCAACCCGCGCGUCAGGGUCAGUCUCGCCGACCUAGCACAUACGCUCGCGGAUCGACGGACCCAGUUCUGGCAUAGAGCAUUUGUCACGACCCGCAGCACGGAGCUUAAUGAGAGCGCUUUCGUCGUCGGCAAGAAGAACUCUGAAGCGCCACGUCUCGGCUUCGUCUUCACCGGCCAGGGUGCCCAGUGGCCCCAGAUGGGCAAGGCUCUGCUUGAGUUCUUUCCUUGGACGAGGACGAUCCUGCAGGAGCUCGACGGCGUCCUGCAGAGCCUCCCCGACCCUCCCAGCUGGUCGUUGGUGGACGAGCUGACCGAGACCCGGAGCGCCGAGCACCUCCGCCAGCCCGAGUUCUCACAGCCUCUCGUCACCGCACUACAGCUUUGCAUCGUCGCCGUGCUGGAGAGCUGGGGAAUCAAGCCGCGAGCCGUCGUCGGCCACUCGUCUGGGGAGAUUGCCGCGGCGUACGCGGCGGGCCUGCUUGACCGAGCGGCCGCCAUCAAGGCAGCCUUCUACAGAGGACGGGCUGCGCUGAACCGCAAGGAUGAGGCAGACGGCGACGUCGGCAUGCUGGCCGUGGGCCUGGACGCGGAUUCGCUCGCGCCGUACCUGGAAAAGUACGCCGGCCAGGCCUGGAUCGCCUGUUUCAACAGUCCCAGCAGCUUGACUGUGUCUGGGAGGCGUCCAGCGCUCCAGGCCCUUGCCGAGGAUGUGCAGGCCGACAAGCACUUUGCCAGGCUCCUGCAGGUGGACUUGGCCUACCACUCGGAGCUGAUGGGGGUGAUAAGCCAGGAGUACGAGCGGCUUCUGAACGAGGCCGAAUUCGCGUCUUCCCCUGGAACCGUUUCCGGUACGUCCAUGUUCUCCUCCGUCACCGGCAGCAAGCGGACCACGGCGACGGACGCACUAUACUGGAAGACAAACAUGGCUUCGCCCGUCCGCUUCGACCGGGCAGUCCAGGAGAUGCUCGCCGAUGCCGACGCGCCCAACUUCCUCGUCGAAAUCGGCCCCUCUGGCGCUCUUGCAGGGCCCGUCUCGCAGAUCCUCAAGUCGGCGGCCAACGGUUCCGAGGUCUCGUACUGCGCCGCAUGGUCGCGCGGCAGCGAUGCCGGGCGGUCCAUGUUCGAUCUCGUCGGCCGUCUAUUCGUCGCCGGCGAGCCCAUCAACAUGUCGCAAGUCAACCAGUUGACGCCCAGCGAUGAGCGCCCGCGGACCAUCAUCGACCUCCCCAACUACGCGUGGAACCACUCGGUCAAGUAUUGGCACGAGAAUGCGUCCAGCAAGGACUGGCGGUUCAAACAGUACACCAGCCAUGACCUGCUCGGUAGCAAAGUCCUCGGCACGCUGUGGACGGCGCCGACGUGGCGGAAGCUCCUCGACAUUGCCGACAUUCCCUGGCUCAAGGACCACAAGAUGGGGACCGACGUCCUCAUGCCGGGCUCUGGCUUCAUCACCAUGGCCGUCGAGGCCUUGUACCAGAAGUCGCGCAGCACCGCCCCCGACAACGUGGUCAUCACCCGGCCGAAUGACCUGUGCUACAGAUUGAGAGACGUCCGUUUCGAGAAGGCCCUGGUCCUGGAGGAGGGGAAGAACGCCGUCAUCGUUCUCUCGCUGGCUCAGCAAAAGGGUUGGCACGAGUUCCGCAUCGCGUCUUCGACAGACGACGUCCACACCGAGCACUGUUCCGGCCGGAUCCGUCUGGAGGAUCCCGUCGACCUCCCCUUGGCCGAAACUGACCAGGCCGCGCUCAAGUUUCCCACGCCCAGCAAAGUCUGGUACAAGGCCCAGGCGGAGGCUGGCUAUGGGUUCGGUCCGGCCUUUCAGAAGCUGCUCAAGGUCGAAUCCGUCAGCGGCCAGCGACACUGCCGCAGCCUAGUGUCACUGGACGAGCCGGAGUCGAAGUGGUCCCCUCAAUCUUGCUACCCAAUCCAUCCCGCUGCCCUGGACGGGUGCUUCCAAACCGUCACGCCAUCUCUCUGGUCAGGAGAGCCCAGCUCUCUAACCACCGUCUUGGUCCCGGCCAUGAUUGAUGAACUCGUCAUCAACAAAACUCCCGAUCGUCUUCACGAGGGUCUCUCGCUUGCAAACUCGGAAUACUCUGGCCGUGGCCGCCUCGAGGAAGCAAAGAGCUACUUUUCCAACUGCUCCGUGUACAACCCAGAGAGCGGCGCGCUCUUAAUGCAGAUGAAAGGCCUUCGCUUUGCCAAGCUGGACGUGGGCGAGAAGCCUGACCCGCACGUGUUCGAUUGCGUCUCCUGGAAGCCGGACAUAAGCUUCCUGUCCCAAGAAAGGCUCUUCCAUCUGGGCUCUGCCGCUCUCGAGGCCAACGCGCGCACCAUUGUCGACCUCAUCGCGCACAAGACACCUGCGCUCAGGGUUUUGGAAGUCAACCUCGAGCCGAGUGACACCUCUUGCUUUUGGUUCGACGACGACUCGGCCACGCCGCGGGCUGCAUAUGUCCAGUACGACUUUGCCUCCUGCGAUGCCAGCAGCCUCGUUGGAGUCCAGGCCACGUACCAGAACAGGAGAAGUUCGUCGUUCCUCCUGGUCAACCUCAGUGGUGAGGACAUCGGCCUGCCAGAGGAAGCAGUAUAUGACCUUGUCAUUCUCAAGACGGCUCAAAAGUCGAGGACCAAGGUCAAUACGUUAAUCGAGCAUCUCAGCCCUCGCGUUUCCAGUGAUGGCUACGUUCUCUUGAUGCAGCAAAGGGAUGUUGUGGAGCGCGCAGACUCCGACGACGACCAACAAGCGUCGGACACACCUAGGACGCUGGCAUCGCCCGAGACGCCAGGGACCCCUGGCUCAAUGUCUGAGAGAUCUAUGUCGAGUCUUUCCCCCGAGACUCCUGCUAGCUCCACCACCACGAGGGCCGCGACACCUGACGGCGAGAACCACCCCAAGAGGCGGCUGCUCGAGCUCAAGGCCGUCGAGCAGCGGUUUCGCGCUUCAGGGACGGCGUUGCAAAUUGCACUGGAAGCGAACGGCUUCAGCCGGACCUUGCACCUGGCUGGUGAUAAUGCGUGGUGCCUAUACACCGGCGGAGCGAAGAGUCUGGAUGUUGCACACUCUCGCAACUGCUGCGUCGUCCGGCUCUCCGAGACUACCCCAGCCUUGUCGCCGGCCAUCGGAGCUGCCCUGGGCGCGGCUGGAUGGAGAGUCUCGGAGCAAGCCUUCUCGGCUUCGAGCACCGACUUACCAACGGAAUCCGUCAUUCUUGUCCUCGAUGAGAUGCAGCAUGGCCCUAUGCUAACACAGGCCAACUCGAGGCAGUGGGAUGCUCUGAAGAUGCUCGUCUCCUCCGGCCAACACAUCCUCUGGGUCACAAAAGGCGCUCAAUACAAGGUGACGGACCCUGACAACGCCCUAGUCCACGGUCUGUUCCGCGUUGCUCGCAGAGAGGACCCCAGCGCCAAGCUCAGCGUGCUGGACGUCGAAUCAGGCAGCGGACCUGCCACGGCCUGGGCCAUCGACGCAGUGCUCGGGUACUUGAGUGCCAAGAAGCCUGAUGAAGCGGCUACAGAGACCGAGUUCGUGGAGCGCGGCGGCAUCUUGUAUGUUCAUAGGCUUGUGCCUGAUGCCAAGGUCAACCGCUUCAACCAGGACGACCGAGAAGGCGCAGAACCCGUCGUCAAGAGCCUUCGCGACACCGAGACGGCCGUACAGCUUCGCGCAGAGCGGCUGGGGACCUUUCAGAGCCUCAUGUGGUGCGAAACCGACGUCGAAGCGGUCCCGGUUGAGUCGGCCAAGGUCGAGGUCGAGGUCGCCGCCGUCGGCGUCAAUUUCAAGGACGUGGCCGUGACCAUGGGCAUCGUGCCCGAGAACGAAUACGCGUUGGGCUACGAGGCAGCCGGCGUCGUAAAGCGGCUUGGGCCUGGCGUGACCGAGUUCAAGGUCGGAGACCGCGUCUGCUUCCUAAACAGCGGCAGUUAUGCAAAUCGCCUUCAGGUUCCCGUGGGACGGGCUCACACGAUUCCGGACUGGAUGAGCUUCGAGGAGGCGGCAACCAUCCCUUCGGUGUACCUGUGCUCUAUCUAUUCCCUGUACGACAUUGCCAAUCUGCGGCAAGGCCAGUCUGUCCUCAUCCACUCGGCGUCCGGCGGCGUCGGCAUCGCCUGCAUCCAACUGGCCCAAUACAAGAAGGCAGAGAUAUUCGUGACCGUCGGCACGGACGAGAAGCGCAAGUUUCUUGCCGAGACGUAUGGGAUCCCUUACAGCCACAUGUUUUCCUCCCGAAACACCAAGUUUGCCAAGGAGAUACUCAAAGCAACCAGUGGACGGGGCGUCGACGUCAUCAUCAACUCGCUGACGGGGGAGCUGCUCGAUGCUUCGUGGCGCAUCUGCGCUGAUGGUGGCACCAUGGUCGAGAUUGGCAAAAAGGACAUUGUCGACCGCAACAGCUUGUCCAUGGAGCCGUUUGACCGCAACUGCUCGUUCAGGGCCAUGGACUUUUCCUUUACCAGGGACAUUGUCGACCCGUUGAUUGCAAGACUGCUGGACCAAAUCUUCGACUUGGUCGACGGUGGGCACAUUAAGCCCAUCCACCCCAUCACCACGUUUGGUUUUGAUGCGGUCCCAGCGGCAUUGGCCUACAUCCGCAGCGGCCGUCACUUGGGCAAGGUUGUCAUAUCCGAUGAGAACAAGGAGACGGCGCAUGUUCCCGUUAGGCCUGCAACGCGGAAGCUACAGCUGCGGCCGGACGCUGCCUACCUCAUCGUCGGCGGUCUCAAGGGCCUGUGCGGCUCGCUGGCCAUCCACAUGGCGCGCAACGGGGCGAGGCACAUCGUCGUGUGCAAUCGAAGCGGCAUCGCCGACGACGCGUCGCAAAAGGUGGUGACAAAUUGCCUCGCCUAUGGGUGCGAGGUCGUCGCGGCCAAGGGAGACGUUGCCGACAUGGGGCUGCUGCGGAGGGCGUUUGCCGAAGCUCCAAGGCCCAUCGCCGGCGUAAUCCAGGGUGCCAUGAUGCUCAGGGACAAACCAUAUGAGACGAUGACGGUUGAUGACUGGCACGCGGCCCUCCACGCCAAGAUGCACGGCACCUGGGGCCUGCACCGCAUCUCACUGGAGCAGGCGGAACCACUUGACUUCUUCACCAUGCUCUCGAGCAUCUCCGGCAUCGUGGGCAACAAGGGGCAGGCCAACUACGCGGCGGCGAACACGUUCCUCGACGCCUUUGCGUUGUACCGGCAGUCGCUCGGCCUUGCAGCCAGCUCGGUCGACCUGGGCCUCAUCGAAGACGUGGGCUACGUAGCCGAGCAAGACCACGACAGCCUCGAGGCCCGUUUCGACAAGAGGCAGUGGACGCCGAUUGGCGAGGCCACGCUGCGCCGCAUCCUGACGUGCUCGGUGCUCCAGCAGGACGGGGCGGCGCCCAUCAACCCGAGCAGCGUCGCACAACUCAUCACCGGCAUCGGCUUCCCGCUGCCGCGGGACUCGGACCUUGCCGGCGAGGGCCGCUUCGGCUACCUCAUCCAAGGCGACGCCACCACCACCAGCACUGGCGACGUCCAAGGCGGCAACGAGGAGCUGCGGGCGCUUCGCAUGCUGCACAAGUCGGCGCCCGACGACCGCGCGGCGCUGGUCAAGGCGUGCAUCAGGGUGCUGGCGGGACAGCUGGCCAAGAUUCUGCGGCUGGGCGACGAGACGGGGGCGGAGCUGGAGCCGGCCAAGCCGCUCAUGGCCCUCGGGCUCGACUCGCUGGCGGCCGUCGAGCUGCGCAACUGGGUGCGGGCCGAGCUGGGCGCCGAGCUGACGACGCUCGAGAUCACCGGCGCCAGCUCGCUGACGGCGCUGUGCGAGAAGCUGGUGUCGAAGCUGCCGGCGGCGGCGAGCUGA